AUGUCACUGUCUAUAAAUAUAUACAAGAUAUUUUUACUUGCCUAUACUGAAGACUUCUUUCCUUAUUUUUUUCAACUCUCUUUCUGCUCCAGACCUUGGCACAACAUUCCUUCCCUUGGUUCAUACGCCUACCGCUGCGUGCUUGCCCAAAGAACCUUACGGACUGUUGUUACCUCACAACUGCCACAUCCAAACCACGGAUUCGAUAUCAGCGUUGUCAUCACUAUACAGGCGCUCCUUCCUACCGCAUCAUCAGUUUUGACGUCAUCGACUUCACCUAUCACUGAUUCUGUUCGGUUCUCCGCCAUCGAACUUGCCAUCAUAGACACAAUCGAAAACACUGGGAUCGCUCUUACCCAUAACCAUUCGCCACCCAGAAUCGUCUAUAAAUAUCUCCUCAACCCCCUUCAUCUUCCUCUUCCUUUUCUCUUCCUUUCAUAUCACAGAUUCUCUUCUACUCUACUACAGACACAUUCGCAAACAUCCCUUUUCCUUGCGAACCGCACUUCAAACUCGAACAACUUUUCCACUUUAUCUUUCCCAUCUUCUUUCCUCUUCCUCAAGGGUUAUUACUCCACCAAACCCUUGAUCAUGGCACCCAGAAUUCUAAGAACUCUCCUCUACCUACUCUCUAUUGCCUCCCUGGCAAAUUCUCACAGCUGGGUAGAGGAGCUGGAUGUCGUUGCCAGUAACGGGUCCUUUACUGGCAAACCUGGCUACAUCCGUGGCCAUGUCUCUCGAACGGCCCAGGGAUUUAACGACGACUUGAUGACCAGUCGUCUCCCUCCGAACGGGCGGCCUGCAAAUGUUGGGGUUACCCCCAGCGACCACAUGUGCAUGCCGUCCCAGCGGAAUCAGCAGCAGACGGAGGGCUGGCCCCGACUAGAGGCAAAACCUGGCGACGUUGUCGCCCUUUUGUACCGGGAGAAUGGGCAUGUCACUUUACCAGAUACCCAGCCCGGGAAACCUAAGAACCGCGGAACCGUCCAUGUAUACGGUACCAGCGACCCCCGUCCGGAUGACAAGUUCCUAGACAUCCACGGGGUAUGGAACAAGGACGGAACAGGUGGCGAUGGACGAGGCAAGCUUCUCUCACGCCAAAACUUCGACGACGGGCGCUGUUACCAAAUCAACGGUGACAGAAUUUCAACGGAACGGCAACAAAAGUAUCCCCACGUUCCUGACGAGUUUAUGGGGGCAGACGUGGCAUGCCAACACGUCUUAAGACUGCCCUCGGACGCCGUCCCUGGAAACGUCCUGUCGAUGUACUUUGUGUGGGACUGGCCGACGGCCCCGGGGGUAGAUCCCAACCUUCCCCAUGGAAAGACAGAGAUCUAUACCUCGUGUAUGGAUAUUGACAUCGUCGCGUCUGGGAGUAAGAUAGCCACAACUCCAACGGCGCACUACAUCGAUGGUCAGCCACUGAACCGUGCUGCAGUUCCUUCACUGCUCACCAAUCUCGACCAGCCAGUGGACAGUGGCCCUUCUGAUGACGAUGCUGUCUCUUCCACCUCGGUUCCACCGUCGCCGUCUGACGAGGAUGCUCCUACCGAAGGUUCAAUCGUUCCAAUUCCAACACCCGCUCAACGUGAUUGGAAUUCUAGAGUCACUAGGCGUAGAUUGCGCCGCAACCGCCGCGAUCCCAACUUCUCCUAG